AUUACAUUGACUUCCGGUUCCGCUGUCAGAUUUGUCAACAAAUCAAUGAAUAAUGGAGGCAUCUACAUCUUCAAUUAUUUACACUACUAAAUCUAAGGACCAAACUUGUCCAUCAAAUGUCAGAGUGAAAUUAGAUCCUGCUUUUAAUAGAAAGACAUUGCCUAAUCUUGAAAAAGAAAUAGAAGAAACAUGGAAAAGACGUCUUGCUGAGUUGCCUUCCCUGUUUAAUGGAACUAAAUUUCGACUGCAUUCUGUCGAAGAAAAUUGUGAAACUUUGACUUUGAACAUGGGAAUAACAUGCUAUAAAGAUUUUCAAGGUUCUAAUCUAUCUAAGGAACUGCUGAUUUUACAAAGUCAAGGUCUUUGUGACCAUGAUGAUUCACAGGCAUAUUUGUCAGAUGCCCUCGGAGUUGGUGCUCUUGUUCAAACAGUUGACAACCAUAUGGUACUGUUGUACAGGUCCAAGCAUUGCGGUGAGGAUACAGAAAUGUGGGACAGACCUGGAGGCCAUCCAGAACCAAAGAACCUGGUAGGACCAACACCUGUCGAAGAAAUAAACAUAUCCGAGAUGAAGGAAGAAGCUGUGAUAGAAGAACUAUUUAAUUCAAUCACUGAAGAGGUCAUAUCGGAGGUGAACAUUCCGGCAAGCUCCCUAGAACCACCUGGUAUACUUGGCAUCCACAGGAGUCAUCUAAGUGGCGGAAAACCAAAUGUCGAGUUCUUGAUAAAGUGUAAGUUGACAUCAUCAGAGGUAGAAUCUCUUUACAAAGAAGGUUGUCAAGCAGAAGCCUAUGAAUCAGAGAAGAUUUUCCUGUUACCGCUUGAAAAGGCACUCAGUGCACAUUCAUGUGACCUUGACCUCUGGAACAAAAUGGCCGCUGGUGCUAAAGGACUACUGUCACUGUAUAAUAUGUACAAACACAGAUAUUUAUUGUGAUUCCAAAAGAAUGGUUUCAGAAAAUGGGAACAAAGUGGCCAUUGUCAAUGUCUUGCAAUAACAUAUAGGGUACUCAUUGUGACAUUGUCAUAUCGUGUAGUCUAGGUUCAUUGGGGUUUUUUGUCUGUGGGAGGUCGAACCCUCAGUUUCUUUUCAUAAGGAUUAACCAUCCUAAUGAGCAUCAGAUUGGUAUUUUUUGCGAUUCAUGACAUCACAGAUAAAAUAAUACCAAAAAUAGUUUGGUUUUUUGUUUGUUUUUUUUUUAAAACUGUUGAAAGAAAGCUGAUGCAAUUAUGGUUUUAUUAUCCCCCGCCGAUGGAAUCGGGAGGGGGAUAUAGUUUUGGCGUUGUCCUUCCGUCCGUCCGUCCGUCCGAAUUUCGUUUCCGGAGUAGUUCUCUGCAACUAAUGGCUGGAAUUCAACGAAACUUUAUGGGAAUGUUGAUCAGCAUGUGAAGUUGUGCACCUGGGUAUUUUCGUCUGGAUAUUUUUAGUAUUUUUAGAGUUAUUGCCCUUGACUCAGUAAAAUUUUGUCCGAAUUUCGUUUCCGGAGUAGUUCUCUGCAACUAAUGGCUGGAAUUCAACGAAACUUUAUGGGAAUGUUGAUCAGCAUGUGAAGUUGUGCACCUGGGUAUUUUCGUCUGGAUAUUUUUAGUAUUUUAAGAGUUAUUGCCCUUGACUUAGUAAAAUUUUGUAAUUUUCAACUUGUGUCGCAUGUAACUCAAAAAGUAUUUGACCUAGAGUCAUGAAACUUUACAGGAAUGUUGAUCAGUAUGUGUAGUUGUGCACCUGGGUAUUUUCGUCUGGAUAUUUUUAGUAUUUUUAGAGUUAUUGCCCUUGACUUAGUAAAAUUUUGUAAUUUUCAACUUGUGUCGCAUGUAACUCAAAAAGUAUUUGACCUAGAGUCAUGAUACUUUACAGGAAUGUUGAUCAGCAUGUGUAGUUGUGCACCUGGGUAUUUUCGUCUGGAUUUAUUUAGUAUUUUUAGAGUUAUUGCCCUUGACUUAGAAAAUGUUUGCAAUUUUCAACAUGUGUCGCAUGUAACUCAAAAAGGAUUUGACAUAGGGUCAUUAAACCUUAUUGGAAAGUUGCUCAGCAUAUUUAGUUUGUUCCUGGGGUUUCGCUUGUGGAUUUAUCCAGUAUUUGUAGAGUUAUUUCCCUUGACUUAGUAAAAACUGUUUCAUUAUGUUGUUAUUUGAUCCUUGAGUGCUUGAGUUAGAAUCGACCAACUUUACAGGAAUAAUGAUCAACAUCACUAAAUUACAGGAAUAAUGAUUCACCUCACUGUGAUGCUAUGAACCUGGGACUUUGCAUGUGGAUUUUUUUCAGUUUUGUUACGAGUUAUUGCCCUUGAAUUACAGUAGUAUAAAUUUGCAAUUUUCAACUUGGGGUUUGCUUGGGGAUUUAUUCAGUAUUUGUAAAGUUCUUGCCCUUUACUUAGUAAAAAGAUUUUUAGUUUUCAAAAAAUAUUUGACCUAGAGUCAUAAGAUUGACAGAACAGUGGCGCGGUGGGGGCACCCGUGUCCUAUGGACACAUUUCUAGUUUUUAUUAAAGAAGAAUUAAAAUGAUUUGUUACAAUAACAUUUAAAAAUAUUUGAAAAUUGUGAGAUCCCUUCUUGAUGCCUUGAAAAUGGCAAUGAAGUCUGGAGAUUAAGAUGUUUUUACAUCUAUGUGAGCUAUUGUGAUCCCCCACCGUCCGUCGUCGUGCGUCGUCAGCAAUUUCUUUAAACAACAUCUCCUCAGAAACAAAUGACUGCACAGCAACCAAACUUUACAGGAAUGAUCCUAGGGUGGUCCCCUGCCAAAGUUGAUCAAAUGGUUCCGGUCUGUUGCAUAAGUAGGUCACAGGGCCAGAAAAGGAGUUUCAAAAAUGCAAAAUUAAAAAAUCUUGUCUGAAAGUACAAGGCCUAGAGCUUUGAUAUUUGGUAUAUGAUAUAACCUAUAGGUCCUCUACAAAAAUUGUUCAAAUUUUAGCCCUGGGGUCAAAUUUGGCCCCACUCCAGGGGGUCAUAGAUUUUCCUUAUAUGUAAAUAGUGAAAACUUAAAAAAAAUUCUUGUUUGAAGGUACAAGGCUUCAAGUUCAAAGAAUAUUACAGUUUAUGCCAUGAUUAAUAUAUAAAUAAAGCCUUAUGUCUUCAGUUGUUGUGUUAAUAAUAACCAGUACUCGACGGGGGAUAUAAAUUCAACGAAUUUGCUUGUUAUGAUUGAACCUUAAAGAUCCUGUAACUUAAAUUGUUUAUGGUUUAGCUCAAAUGAAGAUUUAUCAAUAUUGUAAUUUCCAAAAAGCAUUAAUUGUAAAGAUAUUACCAAAUUUACGUUUCAUGUUAAUAAAGGGAGGUAUUAGAAAUCUAUUUUCUAUUAAGUCUAAGUCAAAUUUUUCAAUAAGAAAUGAAUGCAUAUAUCUUAAUGAAUACAUAUAAUGUGGACAACGAAAUAUUUGCAGUACAUAUUUUACAUAUUCUUCAAUGUUUGAAAAUUGUUUUAAAAGCAUAAUUAUAUACCCGUACAUAUAAAAAAUUUCACUUAAGUGUGGUUACAACCUUUAUUACAACAUAGGAUGUAUAACAUAUUUGUAUUUACUAGUUCAUAAGAGUUUGUAAUCCUUAAAGGUUUCGCGACAAUCUUUAACAAUUAGGUUUAUCAGUGGCAUAUCUCUAAUACUCAAUAGUUUAUAGUCAGUUUUAUAGAAACAAAAUAUGAUUUUUAGCAAUUUUACAUAUACUAGUAUGUUAUUUGAAAACAGUGAUGCAUAACAAAAAAGCAUUUUAUUUAGAUUUUGUCAUAAUUGUUUCUCAAAUUUAUCAAUUCAUGUGUGUAAUCAACAACCCACAUGACUCACAGAAAAUUCUAUAAAUAUCUUUCAGAAUGUAUUGUUAAUGUUUAAUUGACAAAUAGACUGAGGGAGUCUUUAGUAUUUUAGUUUUAUCCUAAACAUUUUUUCAUUAUCGAUUUUUGGUCAGUGACCACUAUAAAAGUUGAUUUUUUAAAGUACAUGUAUGUAGCUCAACUUGACAACAAAAAUAAGCAUAAUGUCACUUAAAGGUUUUGUUUAGGGAUAAUUUUCAAAGAUUAUGUUAAGCUUAUUUUUAGAUAUUUUACAUUAUAUACAUGUACAUUAUACAUAAAGAUAUUCACCAGAUUUAUUUUGUUAAACUGUUAAUGUUUAAAGUUUAUAUGAUAGUGUUAUAUAUAAGUUUAUUUUUAUAGAAACAUAUUUUUUUUUUUCAUGUGCCUCAUAUGAUUUCAGUGAAACAUGUUGCAUGUAGUUGCCGGUUUGACCUUCCCUCCAUCACACUUGUUUUUCAUAGCACUUUAAGUUAAUGGCUGAUGAUUUAGAUAUUUGGUGUGCUGAUACCUUCCACUGACCUUUACCCUUGAGUCAAGGUCAUUGAUCUUUAGAAUACAUUUUGCUACCUUACAUCAUUGUAAGGGCAUAUUUUUCACUUUUAUGUCAAAGUGACAUCAGUGAGCAUCCAUAUAUAUUUUGGACAUUCUUGUUUUAAAUUAUAAUUGUUUUGAUUUAUAUACCUUUUAUUGCUUUAUAUAUUUACCACCUAGUCAUAUUGAUAAUGCAUAAUAUUAUAAGCAUACAAUAUUUAGAUUUAUUAUCCAGGGAACUGCAGUAGGAUUGAUAUUUUAUUGACCAUAAUUAUGCCCCCCUGCGAAGAAGAGGGGAUAUAUUGUUUUGCUAAUGUUGGUCGGUCGGUCUGUCUGUCGGCAGACCACAUGGUUUCCGCUGAUUAUCUUGAAAACUAUUUAUCACAAAGUAUUCAUAUUUCACUUAGUGAUUGGUCAUAACUAGUAAAUGACCCCUAUUGAUUUUGGGGUCACUAUGUCAAAGGUCAAGGUCACAGAGGCCUUAAAUGUCAAAAUGGUUUCUGCUGAUUAUCUUGAAAAGUAUUCAUCAAUAAGUCUUCAUAUUUUACAUAUUGAUUGGUCAUAACUAGUAGAUAACCCCUAUUGAUUUUGGGGUUACUAGGUCAAAGGUCAAGGUCACAGUGGCCUUAAAUGUCAAGAUGAGUUCUGUUGAGUGUCUUCAAAAGUUUUCAUCACAAAGUUGCCAUAUUUCACAUAGUGAUUGGUCAUAACAAGUAGAUGACCACUAUUGAUUUUGGGGUCAAUAGGUCAAGGUCAUAGGAGCUUCAAUUGUCAGAAUGGUUUCUCGCUCAUUAUCUUGCUUACAAUUUAUCACAAUGUCUUCAUAUUUCACAUAUUGAUUGGUCAUAACUAGUAGAUGACCCCUAUUGAUUUUGGGGUUACUAGGUCAAAGGUCAAGGUCACAGGGGCCUUAAAUGUCAGAAUGGUUUCUGCUGAUUAUCUUGAAAAAUAUUUGUCACAAAGUCUUCAUAUUUCACAUAGUGAUUGUUCAUAACUGGUAGAUGACCCCUUAUGAUUUUUGGUCAUUAGGUCAAAGGUCAAGGUCAUAGGGGCCUCAAUUGUCAGAAUGGUUUUCGCUCAUUAUCUUGGUUACAAUUUAUCGCAAAGUCUUCAUAUUUCAAAUAUUGAUUGGUCAUAACUAGUAGAUGACCCCUAUUGAUUAUGGGGUCACUAGGUCAAAGGUCAAGGUCACAGGGGCCUUGAAUGGUAAUAUGAUUUGAGCUUUUUAUCUUGGUUACUAUUUAUCACAAAGUAUUAAUAUUUCUCAUACUGAUUGGUCAUAACUAGUAGAUGACCCCUAUUGAUUUUGGGGUUACUAGGUCAAAGGUCAAGGUCACAGGGGCCUUUAAUGUCUGAAUGGUUUCCGCUGAUUAUCUUGAAAAAUAUUUGUCACAAAGUCUUCAUAUUUCACAUAGUGAUUGUUCAUAACUGGUAGAUGACCCCUUAUGAUUUUUGGUCAUUAGGUCAAAGGUCAAGGUCAUAGGGGCCUCAAUUGUCAGAAUGGUUUUCGCUCAUUAUCUUGGUUACAAUUUAUCGCAAAGUCUUCAUAUUUCAAAUAUUGAUUGGUCAUAACUAGUAGAUGACCCCUAUUGAUUAUGGGGUCACUAGGUCAAAGGUCAAGGUCACAGGGGCCUUGAAUGGUAAUAUGAUUUGAGCUUUUUAUCUUGGUUACUAUUUAUCACAAAGUAUUAAUAUUUCUCAUACUGAU